UUAGAAGAGGUCGUGAAAUUAAUAGCCACAACAUUAAUAAUACAGUACAGUAAGAUCAUCAUCAAGAUCAACCUCAAAACUAGAAAGAUAUUGUAAUUGUAUAGAGAGUUACACAGAGAGUCUGCUAUGACUGCCAAGCUGACAGCCUACUCAAAGAGUGCGACCAUCGACAGUUUAUACUACGAUGAAUGGCGUAGCAUCAGAGAAGGCUCCACACUUACUGUUCCCCUAGGUCAUUCCUGGCCUGGUACGGGCGAAGACGAGCUGGAGGAGAGCUCUGCAGGUAUAGACGCUGAUCCAGAUGCCAUUUGGUUGGAGAGAGCUGGAUUUGGGGACGUAGUGAACAAGCUACAAUAUGGCAAUGGUGUAGAGGAGGGAGGAGACAUACUGGGCACCUGUGUGUUACCACGGAAACACGAAGCAGUAGUCCGCAAGAGAAUGAACACCCUCCGCUCUACGCUGAGGAGACAGAGGGACGGAGAGAAGAAGAGCAGGUCCGAUGUCAGGAACCUAUUUAAUUCAUCAAACAGGCAAACGUCUCCCACUAAAUCGGCUGGUGUAUUGCCGACUGCAAUUCGACCGCUACAUAGCAGAGGAGUGGAUGGCAGCCCAAGAGUGUCCCCCUCCCCCAGUCCUGGGUCCAGUCCUCGUGCUUCUCCCACCCCCUCGAGACACCUCCUACAAAGUCCAGGGCACUCCACAGCCCCACACUCCACACUCACAACCUCACAACAACAGUCAACAGCGAGCAAUCCGAUUGGACGGCAGCCAGUUUCGUCUGCGGAGAUUGUACGUGGGAGCAAGUCCAUAUCUGAUCGCGAUCGUCACCGUGGAUUCAAAAUUAGACAAAAACCGGCUCACCAUCAAUCAUCAGAUUCAGGUAUUUUAUCGAUGGACAUUGGGAGCAGUAAUGAAUUUCUGAAUGACGGCCACUCUGGCUCCCCCGAGCCCCCUCCCCUUGCAUCCAACCAUAGGCCCUCCCCCCCUUCUGACCUACGCGUGGCUGAACUAUCUCCCGCCAGUUCUACUGACAGCCCCACACCAGAGGACAUUAAAUUGGAUUUCAGAACUCCCCAAUUUACUGGCAGCAAUGGCAGCAAUGGCAGCAAUGACAUGUCAGAUCUGCCGAACUUCAUGGUGAUGCCAGACGCUCUGGGACUCACCUACAUCAAUGACCUUUCACCCCCAGACAUGGACAAGGUACGAAGUGUUACUCUAGUGGAGUUGACCAUCACUUUUGACGAUCACAAUCUUCCUCUGCGGCCGAGAAGAGCCACCAAGCUCAAGAACAUACCCGAGAACUGUGUGUUUGGAGUCCCCCUCACCACUCUACUGCAAACUGACCAGCAGAGAGUGCCCCACACACAGAUCCCUCUCAUCAUGGAAGAGAUGAUGUCAUACAUUGAGAACAGCUGUCUGGACGAGGAGGGACUACUCAGAGUACCUGGCAACGCUUCACGGUUGCAAGUCUUCAAACAAGAAAUCGACUCCAAAUUCAAUCAGGGAGAAUUCUCUUUCAAAGACAUGAAAGCGUCUGAUGCAUGCUCUCUAUUGAAGAUGUUCAUACGGCAACUACCAGUUCCUCUGCUUACUAAAGAGUACUUAUCAGCAUUUGCUAGUAUAGCUGAGAUCACUGAUCUUAAGGAGCAAGUACGGACUCUCAAUCUGUUAGUGCUGCUCCUACCCACUGUACAUCAGGCUGUGCUCAAACGUCUCUUAAAAUUCUUUCAACACAUUAUCGAGAAUUGCGGUACUAACAAAAUGGACUUGUUCAAUGUUUCUAUGGUGAUUGCGCCGAAUCUCUUCAUGGCAUUACCAUCUCGACAUGCUCUGGAAGAAGUUGGAAUAGCCACUAAAACUUCCCAAAUUGUCCGACUCCUCAUCAAGUACCACCAGCUAUUAUGGACUAUUCCUGGUGAGAUGUUGCGUCAGAUCAGAUACUUGUAUGACAUAGAGAUGAAGAAGUUGAGCACUCGCUCUGUGCAAAAGGCUCUCAAGCAAAUGCAGCGGAAGGAACCCAGUAUGGCAUCAAUACACGAUCCACAGUCUGGCCCACACAUAGUGAAAGUGAAAGCACCUCUGUACACUCGUGUGUGUAUGGCUGUCGACAUCACUCACGGAAUGACAGCUGGUGACAUUGUCUUAAAACUGCAAAAGAGAUCUCGUCUCAAUAAGGAUGUGAUUCGGAGGAGAGUGUCCGGGUUUAACUUCACGGAGUCAUUUUUCAAAGGGACCUCCUCCCCCGUAGAUGACAGUGAAGAUAGUAAAGAUGUCAAUCCUGGGGAGCAGUUUGUAUUCGAAGUGGGUGGAAAUAUUGGUGAGCGAUGCUUAGCUCCAGACACAGACAUGUGCUCUCUGUAUAAGGUCAACCCUAAUGCCCAAUGGGUCAUCAAGCCGAGAGACUGGCCCGAUGUAUAGUCAUUGAACUAACACAUCAAACUUACAAACUUAUUGUUAUUUAUGACUGUAUGUUCACACAAGCUUUGGAGCAGGUCUCGCCCUGUGCACUGUGUAUGUACAAAGUGUUUGUUGAUCUUCCCUGGCGGAAGGAUUUAUUUAGUGUGUUCUAGCUUUCGUUAUUUCAUGAUAACACUAGACACUGGUAUUAGAAUUGAUGCAUGCAUAUGUUACUCGGUUUUGAAAUCUGUCAGCAACUUAUUUUCCCAUGUUUUUAUCAAGUUAUCGCACAUUUUAACAAUAAAUUUGCAAUUUCAAUUCGAUUGAUAAUAUCCAGUCUAUAUGUUCAAUUGCAUGCUAUAUAUACAUCUUUAUGAAACUGAGCCAGAUUGACUGACUUUUGUGUGAUGUUGCAAGCUUCCCAACAAUGAAUUUUGCAUGUGAGCAUGCGCACAAAUUAAUUGUAAAUUAAUGAUAUUCAUAGGAAAUGCAGACACCGUUCUUGAGGGGUUUCCAUGCAGUCGACACACAAAAAGCCAAAUCUAUUUGCAGCAGGUCAAAAGCCCCUACGCUAUCAAUUGUGAAGCAACUCUGUGUUAAUAAGAACAAGUCAGUGCUAACUAACCAGAAGAAGACACCUAGCUAUGGAGUAUAUUCGACAGAGAGAGAGGUCGUUAGUGAAUGGACACUCAACUGCUUCCAGUGACUCCAGUGUGUCUGAGAGACUCAAGAGUAUUGACUCUGCAAUGAUCUGGAUUAGAGGAGAAUUGGAAGAGAUUAAGGAGUCAGAUCGCUCCCUCAUGGAUAUAUUUAAGCAACUGGAAGGUGACGUGUCAGACCUCAACACUUAUGUGCAUUCGUGGCGAUUCAGUCAACACUCAUACAGAGACAGUUUUGCAUCAGAAGGACGCCCUGUGAGUGCCUCGGACCUUGACCUGAGUAUUCUCGACGAACCUUUAUCAAUCUCAGCGUCCGAUCAGAGUCUAGCAUCAACUAAAGAAGAAGGACUUAAAUCACAUUUAUCACCAGAAGUGGACAGUGCAAAUGGUAGCUCUACAUACAGCCCUGUGCUGUCCAGUCAAGGCCUCGCCACUAGCGCCUAUCCCACUAACAAUCACAGAAUGAUUCCUUCGGCUACUACAGCAAAUAUCGUUGGAUCUAAACGGCAAUCCAGUGCAAGCCCACAGCUCAAGUCGAGUUCGAGUAUGAACAAACUCCACAGUCCCAGUCUAAUCUCACGGCUUCAAGAUGAGACUGCUUCUGUGAACAGUCGUACUAGCUCUGAGUCGAUUGACAGUGGAGUUCAGUUUGAGAAUGGGGUAGACACUACUAAUACACCGGCACCGUGCAGUACAAUAAAAGAAACAGAAGAUGGAUUAGGAUUUGGAGAUUUCGCUACUGACGUAUUGUCAAUGUUUGGCAUGAGGACAUAACCUAACUCGACUCUGUGUAUAAAUGUUUAUGUGCUCAACUGCAUAGGUUAGCUGUGUGUUAUCAUGACUCUUCAACAUUCGUAUAUAUGUAUUCUUUGUCAGCACCCCAGAAUUUUGACUGUGCACUCUAUUUAUGUAUGUCUCUCAAAUCAUUGAGAGAGGCAAUCAUGUUUAUUUGUAUUUUGUAUAAUGGCUAGUGUGAUAUGUUCAGUGUAUUAAUAAUGAAUUAUAUAUAUAACAUCUUUCUUUCACUUUGAAAUAAUCCAUUGCAAUUAACAAAAUGAUCAUGAUAUAUUAUAUUCCAUUA